CUCCCGGAGUGACCGGUUCUCAAGCUCUCCUUUUAUAGACUGCUGAGGAGCGCCCAGGGUCCGAUCUGAAAAGCACUGAAAGAGAGCUUUUCACGAAGACAUGGCGUGAAAGGAUCACCCACUUUGCUGUUGUUGCCGUUUGGAAUUCUACUGGUGUGCUGAAUGCAGUUUUGCCACCAGUAGCACGCAGCUCUAUGGUCUGGUGAUGGUGAAUCCAGGAUGACUCGGACAUGUGCAGAAAGUAGUUUCAGUUUAAAUAGCAUUGCUUAAAGGCAUUGGAAGCAUACACUGUGUCUCUAGCUGUGAAGACCGUCGUCAGUGAUGUGAACUAUCCACUUCAUCCUGACAGCCUGCAGAUCGACGGGCACUUCCACUUCCUUUCAUCAGCGCUCCGUCUCUUAGCAUCAAAGCCAUUUCCUCCCGCCAACAGCGAGCGCUGCACGGUGCUCUUCACAAAAAAAAUGAAAUAAGAUCAUCUCAUCCGAUCACAGAGACGGCAUUGUGAAGAUAAACCAACCAGUUCAGCGCUGAUAGUAAAGGAUAUGAAAAGUCCCAGCCAUCCCAAACCAACACCCCACCCGAACCCUAAGCCUCCCCCCUCUCCACCUGCCCAUUAAAGCCAUUCACACUGACACACACGCACACACACGCACGCACACACACACACCCUGUCAUGUCCACCAUGACCCAGUCUCCGGACCGAGACGGGCCCCUGCUGCAGCUCCAGAAGGUGGACUCCAGCCAGGCCGGCGGGGGGCGCGAGCUCUCGCCCGUCUUCAGCGCCUUGUCGCCGGCCGCCGCCGUGCCCUCGCUGGACAGCCAGCCCAUCUGCAUCCCGACGCCCUACACGGAGCUGGGCCACGACUUUGGCGCGCUGCCCUUCUACGGCUCGGGCCUGGUGGGCUACGGCGGGCCCCCCAUCGCCGACUGCCCGCCCCUGCGCCAGUCGCUCAGCCCCACGCUCUUUUGGCCGCCGCCCGCGCACCACCACCACGGACACGUGUCCCCGUUGGCCGUGCACCGGCCGCAGUCCCGCCUCGGACCGCACGGACAGCCAACCCACGGGGCCUGGGCGGAGCUGACGGAGGAGAACCGGAAGCCGCUGGUGGGGAAGCGGAGUCUGUGUGAGGAGCGGGCUCAGGCCGGAGGGAAGGCCGACAUGCACUUCUGCGCCGUGUGCAGCGACUACGCCUCGGGCUACCACUACGGCGUCUGGUCCUGCGAGGGCUGCAAGGCCUUCUUCAAGAGGAGUAUCCAAGGACACAAUGAUUACAUCUGCCCGGCAACCAACCAGUGCACCAUCGACAAGAACCGCCGCAAGAGCUGUCAAGCUUGUCGCCUGCGCAAGUGUUACGAAGUGGGAAUGAUGAAGUGUGGAAUGCGGCGGGACCGUAGCACCUAUAACCGCAGUGCCGGCGGUCAGCCGCGGAGGGUGCCUCGCUUGGUCACUCGGCAACCCAGCAGCAACGGGCCGCGGCGGGGGCUGGCAGCGGAGGAGGAGGAGGUGGUGAACGGAGGCCUGCACCACCACACGGCGGCGAUGGCGGUGGCGAGGGAUCGUUCGGACGGGACGCUGACUCCAGAGCAGCUGAUUGGGCGCAUCCUGGAGGCGGAGCCGCCCAACAUCUACCUGAUGAAGGACAUGAAGAAGCCGUUCACCGAGGCCAACGUCAUGAUGAGCCUGACCAACCUCGCCGACAAGGAGCUCGUGCACAUGAUCACCUGGGCCAAAAAGAUACCAGGCUUUGUGGAGCUGGGUCUGCUGGAUCAGGUGCACCUGCUGGAGUGCUGCUGGCUGGAGGUGCUCAUGCUGGGCCUGAUGUGGAGGUCUGUGGACCAUCCCGGGAAGCUCAUCUUCUCCCCCGACCUCGUACUCACUAGGGACGACAGCAGCUGUGUGCAGGGCUUCAUGGAGAUCUUUGACAUGCUGCUGGCAGCUACGGCCCGCUUCAGGGACCUCAGACUGCAGAAGGAGGAGUACGUCUGCCUCAAGGCCAUGAUCCUCCUCAACUCCAACAUGUGCCUGAGUGCAUCUGACGGUGGUGAUGGGGAGGAGUUCCAGAGCCACUCCAAGCUGCUGCAGCUGCUGGACGGGGUGACGGACGCACUAGUGUGGGCCAUCGCUAAGGGAGGGGGCAGCUUCCAGCAGCAGUCCACCCGCCUGGCCCACCUACUCAUGCUGCUGUCGCAUAUACGACACCUCAGCAACAAAGGCAUGGACCACCUGCACUGUAUGAAGAUGAAGAAGAUGGUGCCGGUCUACGACCUGCUCCUGGAGAUGCUGGACGCGCACGUCAUGCACAGCUCUCGGCUGCCCGUACCCCUGGCCCCCACACCUCUGACCAGGGACCCCCCCAGGACCCCCGGCCCCCUCUCCUGCCCCAGGACACUCUGGCCCCACCCUGGGGUGGAGGACUACAGAGACCCUUCAGAGUUCGCCUUGAAGUCGGACCUGUCCUAGAGCGCAGAUGGACUAAGAGCUUCAGGAGAUGGCUAGCGAGAUGAGGGACAGUGUCGCUGACCGCUGUAUGCCGUACGUACAAGGAAGUUCUGCCUGAAUCACGUGCCAAACAGGUUUUGACCCUUGACAUUGGACUUGUGACUUUUGAAACUGCACUCUGUAUAAAACUAAUCUCAGGAAACUGGGCCCAGAAAUUCCUUCUGGGAGGGUGGGGGCUGGGGGGGGGGGGGUGUCGGGGACAGAUGGGGGUGGGGGAUGGACUUCUGAAGCUGUAAUAUCUGGAAAAAUUCCAGGAGAACAUUCCUGAAAAGUGGGAUUCAUUUGGAUUGUUUUUUUUUGUUUGAUUGUUUUUUUUUUUUUUUAACUUUGUUCUAUUUGGCUCUUAUAAUGCGAUGGAAGAAACAGAAGGGGAAAAAACAAGGGCAUUUGAGUGCCUUCUAUGUCAUGUGUUUUUGUACAAAAAAGAAAAGAACUUCUAGUGGCCAUGUGAUAUUUGCCUUCUGUGUACAGUCUAUGGACUCAGCCCAUACCAGUUGGGUAGACUUGAACGAUUUCGCUUAAACCACCAUUUUAAAAAAAAAAAAAUUGUGGACAAAGCACAACCACAUGGUCCCAUGAGGACUUAACGCAGUAUAUGCACAGCGACAUGUGGAAACUUAGUAGAACUUGUUUUGGGAAGAACAAUGAUAAAUAUAAUGCCAAUGGCCUCUCGAGGUUUCCCAGCUACCGGCAAACGUUGUAAUUUAACCGUGAAUGCAACCAGCAGAACUCAUUCUGUGAGUAAAAACCGUAAGGGAGAAAAAAAAGAGUUGAUGCAACUGUGCUCUUAGCAAAUUGUCACUCAAGUGAUGUUUCAGCCUUAAUGAUGUCCAAUGAAAUUGGCGUGCUUUUGCACAACAUUUGUGAUUUUUUUUUUUGGAGGGGGGGGAUUCAGAUUCCCUGCAAAAAAAUCAUCCAAUGAAUCUUUCGUGACCUCCAGAAUCUUCAUCUUACUCGUUUCACUUCAGCAUCCUGUGCUGUGAUUAUUCAUCAAUGUUUUUGCUCACUGUAGAAGUCCAUCCUGUCUCACCAGUUUCUCAGUCACCAAAUGUUUGCACCGUCGUACGUUUGCACUUUUUUUUCCGGAGUGUUGGGGUGGGGUUUGGGUGUUUUCAGUUUCUCCCUCGAGGACCUUUUCUGCAACUUAUACCUUACUCAUAAAAAUGACCAAUUUGGAAGUACAGUAUGAAAUCCAAACCACGCACACCACAAUCAAUUCACUGCUAGCACCAAGGAUCUCCACGAAUCCUAUGGGGAUAACAACAAGAACAUUACAUAAUCUGUCUAGUGGCAAGCCCAGGAUAAACAUUGACUACUGAGUGCCUGACACAGAGAGGGACUCCGAAAGGACUGAGGUUAGGACUGUGUCUGUGUGUGUGUGUGUGUGUGUGUGUGUGUGUGUGUGUGUGUGUGUGUGUGUGUGUGUGUGUGUGUGUGUGUGUGUGUGUGUGUGUUGUGUGUGCAUGCGUGUGUGUGUUUAAAUAGGUCAACAGGCCCAGAGAAGCACGAUGGGAUCUAGCACACACACUCACACUGCACUGGACAGUUGCUGAUUAACGAGACGAGGGUUGUUUGUAGCCAUUUGCAGCUUAAAUCCUGUCUCAAUGAAUGAAUGAAUGUAUUAAAAAACUUAAAACAUUGCAGCCUGUAAGGCUUUUGAUUAAUGCCUUAAAUUCAAUAAUGCAUUUCCUUACCGAAUUAAAUGUAUUUUUUAUUGUUCAGUGAGCUGUUCCAAAGAAUCUAGUAUCACAGAUUUGUACACUUGUGUCUUUUCUAGUAAUUGUAUUCAUGACCCCUGUCUCUUUCUCUCUCUCUUCUUCUUAAGCAGUGAUUUCUACCCUCAAAGGGGACUAAUGUAAUCAGGCUUUUAAAUGUGUAAUGUGAACGCUUUAAAUGUCAAGGUUAUGGUGAACCUGUCCGAAAGGAAACACACUUGUGAUAUUAAAAUCCAUGAAAGAA